AUGAAAGGUAGAGAAGGAAGCGUACCAGAGAAGGGGAUGGUGGAUGGUGUUUUGGGCGGUGGUGGAUGGUGUUUAUGGGGGGAGGGAGCGUAUCAGAGAAGGGGGGAGGGAGCGGCGGUGAAUGUGUGUUUGAUGAGCCGUGGUGUAAUGAGUCGUGAUGGAGGGGUAGUGGAAGUUAGGAGGGGUAUAAAAGACAUUUCAAAGUUCUGUUGGUCAAAGUCACUGAUUAGAAAAUGGUUUAGUAUCAAGACCAAAACUGAACAAUUUCAUGCUGAUAAAGUUGUUUAUACAGGUACUGAUAGUGAAUGGAGGAAUAAUAAUAAUACUAAUUCUGAAAGGGAACCACCACCUGCUAUCAAGAAGACUAAAACAGAGAAAUCAAACAAGACUAACGAACGAGCUAGGCGGAGUAGAGUGUAUCUUGAUCACCCUCAGAUUAUAAAUGUGCAUAACUACAGUAUAUUUGCAGCCACAUGGAAUGUGGGAGGAAAAUCCCCAUCUAGUAAUAUGAAUCUUGAUGAUUGGUUACAUGCCGCUCCACCUGCAGACAUUUAUGUACUCGGAUUUCAAGAAGUAGUUCCUCUGAAUGCGGCUAAUAUUCUUGGUGCUGAAGACAAUGGCCCUGCAAAGAAAUGGAUGUCCUUAAUCCGUAGGACACUAAACAAUCGGCCUGGAACAAUGGGAGGAGGUGGUUGCUACACACCUUCCCCCAUUCCUGAUCCAGUGGCUGAAUAUGAUGCUGAUUUUGAGGGUUCAUCAAGACAAAAAACUGCUAACAUGUUGCAUCGAAGAUCUUUUCAGGCUCCAAGAAGCUGGAAAAACGAUACUGACCCCUCAAUGGGUCAACCACGCCUUGACAGGCGGUAUAGUGUAUGUGACCGGGCCAUCUUUGGUCAUAGACCAAGUGAUUAUUCAUCUUCUAGUCGCAGACCGAGUGAUUAUUCAUCCUCUAGUCGCAGGCCAAGUGACUAUUCUUCAAGUUACAGGCCUAGUGACUAUUCUGUGAAUUACAGGCCAAGUGAUUAUUCUGUGAAUUAUAGGCCAAGUGAUUAUUCAUCAGGUAAUAGGCCCAGUGAUUACUCUUCAUGGGGUCAAAGACCAAGUGAUUGUACAAGAUGGGGUUCAUCUGAUGACGAUUAUGAACCCAUGGAAGAUUCACCAAGCACUAAUUCAUUCUCACCGGCAUCUGAUGGGUCUAGAAUGCCUGGCCAACCAAAAUACUGUUUGGUUUCAAGUAAGCAGAUGGUCGGUGUUUAUUUAACAGUAUGGGUCAAGAGUGAAUUAAGGGAGCACGUUAGAAACAUGAAAGUGUCUUGUGUUGGCAGAGGAUUAAUGGGUUAUCUUGGGAAUAAGGGAUCUGUAUCCGUGAGUAUGCUGUUGCACCAAACGAGUUUUUGCUUUGUCUGCAGUCAUUUGACUUCAGGUCAGAAGGAGGGCGAUGAACUAAGAAGGAACUCCGAUUUUAUGGAAAUUGUUAAGAAGACAAGGUUUCCACGUGUUCAAGGCACGAAUGAUGAAAAAUCUCCAGAAACAAUACUAGAACAUGAUCGAAUUAUCUGGCUUGGGGAUCUGAAUUACAGAAUUGCUCUCUCGUAUCGGUCAGCUAAAGCACUUGUUGAGAUGCAAAACUGGAGAGCAUUGUUGGAGAAAGAUCAGUUACGAAUCGAGCAAAGAAGGGGGCGUGUAUUCCAAGGAUGGAAUGAAGGAAAGAUCUACUUUCCACCAACAUACAAGUACCUCACUAAUUCAGAUAGAUACACUGGGGACAGUUUGCAUCAUAAGGAGAAAAGACGAACACCUGCAUGGUGUGACAGAAUCUUGUGGUAUGGGGGAGGUCUUCAUCAAUUAUCAUACGUACGUGGCGAAUCCAGAUUUUCUGAUCACAGGCCAGUAUACAGCAUAUUCUGGGCUGAAGUUGAGUCAGUUCAUAGUCGUUUUAGAAGAAGCAUGAGCUACUCUAGCUCUAGAAUUGAUGCAGAAACCCUACUGCCAUACUCCCAAGACUAUACCGAACUCUGCUUUUUCUGACAUACCACAAAAAAUCCACACAGAUGGUAACUGGCUUGUUUCUAGGAGAUUCACCCUUAUAACAGUAACGAGGACACCCAAUCGUCCGUGAACAAAGCCAGGUAUAGCUAACAAAACGCAACAGACUUGACUGCGGAUUUGCUUGAUUAACCAAUUUUUGUUGUAAGAUAAAAUAUUAGCCAAAUAGGAGAAGUGAAGAUUAUUUUAUUCAAGAUUCUUUACUGUGACAAGAAGUGAGUGAGAAUGAUAGAUGGAUAAACAAUCAUUUGUUUUUGAAUAUUUUAAUCUAUUUAUUUAUUUAGUUUAUAGAAAAUUAAUGGUGUGAUACUGGUAUUUUGUCAAAAGAAAAAUACUGAGUAUAUUAAACUGAAUGCAUACCGAAAAAGUUGGUAUUAUGUCCAGCUUUUGCUUUUUCUUUCUUUUCAA